AUGAAUAACGCGUUUUAUAUGGCCCAAGCUCAGCAGAUGCUGGGAAAUAAUAUAAUGAAUCCUCAACAACAACAAAAAUGGAUGGAAAAACCUCUUGGUGAUCCCAGUGGACUUGCUUAUUUAAAACCAUUAGAUGCAUUAUUAGCAAAACAAGUUGUUUCUCUUACUGAAAUGAUGAUUGGACUUCCAACUCAAGCUAAAUUUGGAAUAUUUAAUGAUAAAGGUGAACAAGUUUAUUAUGCAUUUGAAGAAUCUGAUAUUUGUCAACGUCUAUAUUGUCCUAAGACUCGUAAAUUUGAUCUUCAUAUUGUUGAUAGUACAAAUCAAGAAAUAAUACGAAUUAAACGAGAAUUUAAAUGUUGUUCCGGUUGUUGUUGGUGUGCUUGUUGUGAGGGAUGUAGUCAAGAAGUAACUGUUGAAUCACCUCCAGGAACUGUCAUAGGCUUUGUUUCACAAGAAUGUAGUUGCUGGCGUAUGCAUUAUAUUCUUAAAGAUGCUUCACAAACUCCAAUAUUAAAGAUUGUCGGUCCUGGAUGUAUUUGUGAUGGUCCUUAUACUUGUUGUUGUGAAAAUAAAUUUACAUUAUAUGGUACUGAUGGAAUAACAGAAAUCGGAGCUAUUCAUAAGAAAUAUCGUGGAUUUAUUGCUGAAGCUAUGACAUCGGCUGAUAACUUUGCUAUUCGAAUACCAAUGGAUAUGGAUGUAAAAAUGAAAGCUGUCGCACUCGGUGCUUUAUUUUUAAUUGAUUUUGAACAUCAACCUGUUGAUCUCUAUGUACCAUCGAAUAAAACUAAUUUUUCCAAUCAAUUUCAACGAAAAGAAUUAUGUAAACUAAUUGAAGCUCAUGUGCCGACAUAUAUACGUACAGAAAAAUCCAGUGACAUCUUCAAUCAACUUAAAACUGAUAAACUUAUCAAUGGAAAAAAUUUACUUGAACAAUUUCAUACAUUAAUAACAUCGGAUAGCCAAAAGGAAACUAAUGAAUAUCUUGAACGUACGAUAUCAAUGGGUUUUAUUGAUUCUAAUGGUAUACUAACUGAUUUGGUUAAAUCGAAUUAG